CGGGUGGAGAAUGUGGGGAAAUUACAGAGGCAGUGGUGGGUCUGUGGGUGGGAAGGAGCUGGUUUCUCGCUGUACUUUGCUUUAACACGGAAGGUGUGAGUGUCGCAGUGAGCAAACAUUCUGUAAGAAGCACCAAAAUAAUCCGAGCUGACAGAGCAGGUGCAGACAGCUCGCAGCCUGUGAGCAGAAGGAAUGGGGUGUCUGAGAAUGUGUUUGUGUGGCCGAGUCUGGAGCUUACUGUCUGCAGCCAACCCCGGGGCUGAUAUGAGAGGCCCGAGCCCAAGAGAUGGAGCAGGGGGUCAGCGCUGGAGUACAGGAGGCAAAGGCCAGAGCGAUCGAGGUGCCAUGUCCAGCUCUGUCAGUAACCAGCCGGGCCUGGUGAAUGUCACAGGCUGUGUGACCCCAACACUGACUCUCAACUUGCGCUCCUCACACAACGAGCUGCUUAAUGCGGACAUCAAGAGGUCAACACCACCCAAGGGGCGUAAGGUUUAUGCUUCCACUGACCUUCAGGCUGCAAUGGGACUGGCUGAUGAGACUGCCAACAGCAAGUGGCUAAAAGAUGGGCGGAACCAGAUGCGCAAGGCCGCAGAGCACGAGAGGAAGGACCAGAAUCGGAAUCUUACCUCAAAGACAGGUGAGACUGAGAGCUCAGCAAACAAGGAGCAGACAGAAUCAGGAGACAAGGGGCAAACAGUGAACCAGGCUGCCCCCCAGGGUAAAGGCUUCCUAAGUUACUACAUGGGCCUGGAGCUUUCCCUCGACACCUGUGGUGGAAAUUCCGACAAAGGUCAGCCACUGGUCAUCCAGCUGGACCAGGGAGACUUUGAGACCAGUGAGCCAGACUCAGCUGCUCGACCGUCUGAUGUCCGGCCAAGCUCGAUGGUGGAUGGAGAGCAGCCAGUGGAAGAUGCUGCAAAGACUAGCCUGAUCGACCCAGUGGAGGCUCCCAGCGACCAUCGGAAAAGCUCGUGUCUGUUCUUUGGAAUGAGGAAUACGGCUGCAAGUGACGAGGACUCGAGUUGGACCAGCCUGUCCCAAGGCAGUGCUUCCUGGAGUUCCCCUGACGAGAUUGAAUCACACAAUGCAGAAGAGGCCCUUCAGCCCAUCGAGUCUGCACCGACAGAUCCUAUCUGGAAUCGGAACUCGUUUGAGACAGAUGCAGACCUGCCGUCUGGCUGGAUGAGGGUGCGGGACACCUCGGGGACCUAUUACUGGCACAUUCCCACAGGAACAACUCAAUGGGAACCACCACCUCCUGCCUGCGAUCAGGAACAGGGAUCUCGGAAACCCUCUGUCAUGUCACAGUGUACGACCCCCUCAGAGGAGCAGCAGGAGGUGCAGACCACAACUGAGAUUUCGGAUACGAGUCUGAAAGAGUUUGAGGGAGCCACACUGCGAUAUGCAUCCCUGAACCUGGGGGGUCAAGAGGAAGAAGAUAAUUACAAAAAAAUCCUAAACAUCGAUGAUGAAUCAAAGUGUUUUGCUGUCCGAUCCCUUGGUUGGGUAGAGAUGUUGGAGGAGGACCUCGCUCCGGGGAAGAGCAGCAUUGCUGUCAACAACUGCAUACGUCAGCUUUCUUACCACAAGAACAACCUGCACGACACUGCUGGCAACUGGGGGGAGGGUAAAGACAUGUUGCUCCUGCUUGAGGAUGACACUCUGAAUCUCAUCGACCCCCUGGGCCAGAGUUUGCUGCACACGCAACCGAUUGUCAGCAUCCGGGUAUGGGGUGUUGGGCGAGACAAUGGACGUGUCCCAGAUGCCAAAGGUUUUGAUGACCUAGUGAACCUCGUAAAGAAUCAUUUACCAGCCAAAGCCGUCAGUGACGAUGCAACGGUUCAAAUCUAA